AUGGCCAGCCCUGCGCCCUUAGUGGCCUCCAUCAGCCACCAAAUGGUGGCUUUGCAGACCCUGCAGCUGCUGCAGCAGGAGUGGGGCUGGGGGGAGGGUCCUGGUGCCCCCGGGAGCUCGCGCGGCCCGGACCACGUGCCCGCCACCCCGGCCCAUCGCCCAGGCUCCAUACGGGCCCGGCUGGGGCCUGGGCGCUCGGAGGAGUGCAGGAGCUGGAGAACCAGGAAUGGGGGCGCCGGGGUGCCGGCGAGCACUCCGGAGGUGGAGGUGGUGCGGGGCGCCGAGGGAGGCGGGGAGCUGCUGCCCUUCCCCCAGGCCCGCAGGCCCUGCACGCUGGCGCGGAUGGCGAUGCGCAGCGCGCUGGCCCGCGUGGUGGACUCCACCUCGGAGCUGGUCAGCGUGGAGCAGACGCUGCUGGAGCCCCUGCAGCAGGAACGGUCCUUCCCCAUCCACCUGAAGGAUAGUGUUGAAUUUAGAAACAUCUGCAGUCAUUUGGCUCUACAAAUAGAAGGGCAGCAGUUUGACAGAGACUUGAACGCUGCCCACCAGUGUUUGAAGACCAUAGUCAAGAAGCUGAUUCAGUCGCUUGCGAAUCUCCCUUCCGAUGCCCAUGUGGUCGCCUGUGCUUCCUUGAGACAGAUCUUACAAAAUCUCCCAGACACAUGA